AUGCGUUUCUCUCUCACCGCCGCCCUCGCCGCCGUCGUCGCCACCGUGGCCCUCUGCGCCUCGCCCGCGCUCGCCUCCCCCGCUAGUGAAGUCACCAUGUUCAACGGCCUCGACUUUUCCCUCUCCGGCCCCGGGGACUCCCUCGACCUCUCCACGCGCGCAGCCAAAUGCGGCGUCGCGGAAGGCAUCCACUGCGCGGUCAUGAUCGCCGCCACGGGCGGCUGUUUCGCCGCCGUCGCCCUCGGCACCUUCGCCACCUCCGGCGCCGCGUUCGCCGCCUACCUCGGAUGUGCGGUCGUGAGCGAGAACGGGGUCAAGGCGUGCCUGCCGUGUCUGAAGAAAGCGUGGAAUAAACUGGUCAAGCUGGCACACAAGCACGGGAAGAGGUUGCCGUGGGAGAAGCACCACCGCCGGUCCGUUGGGGAUGCUGCUGGCCCGCGCAAGCCGUCCGCCAAGGCCAUCGCGGACUGUGUGUUUGAUCUCGUCAACAAUGAGGGGUACAACACCGCUACGGCAAACCAGUUCUGCGCUCUGGAAAUCUAA